AUGAGCUUAUCUUGGCAUAUUUUAUCCAAUGGACUUCAAGAAAUAUAUUUUGCCCUAUCCUCGAAAUAUGGCGAACAGCAUGGCGCUAAAUUCAGGUGCCAGUGUCUGGGUGCCAUACAAAGAACUUUACACGCUGGUACAUACUGCCAUAACACGCAAGCAAUCUGAUGCCAUCCAUGAUUUGGAAGUUGCACUCAGGAGACAUAAACCAAACUUUAUAAACCUCUUGCAGAGCUCAGCAAAGGACAGCGCACAGCGAGAGACUGUGAAGAAGGCCACAACUGAGGGUAUCACUAUACAGGGCCAGCAGGGAACACAGACACUGUCUCAACAGUUCAUAGAUGAAGCCAUCAUUCUUAGCGAUCUUUUUAACCUCAAUGAAUAUGCAGCAGUAGAACUGCUAAUGGCUGGUGAAAAUCAGCUGCCCAACUUUCCUGGUCUCACUCGUGGACUUGUUGCUGUCAUUUUGUAUUAUGAUGGCCGGCGUAACAUGGUCAGCUGUCUGAGGACACUUAUUCAGGCCAGGACAGGCAGGACAUGGACCCUGGACUUGCCCACAGAUUUAGAAAACCUGGUCAUGAAGUUCACAGACCAAAUAAUGGAAGAAGGACUGACCAACAAAAUUUUGAGUCUUAUCACCGAGAUGGAUAUAACAAAAGAGAUGGACAAAUUACAAAGAGAAAGAGCACUGGGAAAUGCCAAGCACAAAAAACAGGUGACAGAUCUGUAUAAAGAAACCCAGUUGCUGUUGGCUGAAUGUUUGUAUUGCUGGGCAGGACAAGCACCACUACCAAAACAAGACACCUCUCAGCUUCUGGACCACUUGAAGAGAGAUAACAGGACAAAUCCAGAUGGUACAAUUGACAGUGUUACCAUGGCAUUGUUAAUGGCACUGUUGUACUGCAUUGAUGUCAGUGUAUUAGAUAGAGAGAAUUCUGAAGAUGUGUCUUCAGAGCUCCCAGUGUUCACUGAUGAUACAUAUGUGACCACUUUACACCAGGACAUAAUGUCUGAUCAGGCGUGGGAGAAUCCUGGUCUAAAGGCUGUGGUCCAGUUUGCCUGGGCACAAACACUGAGAAAACUCUCACAGCAGACCAAUGGACAAGCUUGGAGUGAGUGUUGUGAAAAUGAUGAAUAUGUAGUUGACAUGGCUGUGGACAACAAUGUUUUCUUUUUCCUUUGUGACUCUGUCAUUGGAUCAGCUAACUUUCACAGUGAGGAGUUUUACUUGCGGAGAAUCCACGGCCUGGUCACAGACUUUAUUAUCCAGAUGCCAUUGAAGGUGAAGGAGUUGCGAAAUCGUGGAGAUGAAACUGCACGUAUUAUCAUGGCCCAUGUUCUUGAAGGCGUGGAACCUCCAUCUGGAAUAAAGAGGGAUUUUGAACAUCUCAUGCGAUUGAUUGCAGACCUGUAUGUGAAGGACCCCCUGAACCUAGAGCUGGCUCUAGAAUACUGGUGCCCACCAGAGCCAGUCCAGACAGGUGCUAGCUUCUCCAGUGUAUAUCACUACCGUCCUCCACAGAGACAAAUCAGCCUAUUCAAGUUUGUUCGUCUAGCUGGUGAUCUCCUCCCUGCCUCUCUGUAUAUCCCUUACAUAAAUAUGUUGACUGGACUGGCCAAUGGACCCCAGUGUGCUCACCACUGCUUCAAUCUCCUCAAAAGCAAUGCUAUGGGAGGCGGCCAUGCCAGCACUGUAUCAUGGGACCAUUUUUUCCUGUCACUGAACCAAUAUUACAGCAGCCUACGCCAGGAGGUGGUGACAUCUGUAGAAACGUCACAUAUUCCCAAGCCUAUACCCAGGAACAUUACACAGCAAGAACUGGAAGGACUAAUAGCAGUACUGCAGCUUACUAGACAAGUAGCAGACCAGGAUGAAAGUUCCAGAGUCUCCCUGGUGGAGAACCCACAGUGGCUGCCAGUGGUGAUAAUGUUUGGAUUGGUUGGCUGUGCCAUCCCUCCCACUCUGAAGGCUGAACUCCUCCUCACUCUCUCAGCAUUUGGUAAAACAGCAGAAAUUGCAGCCAGUCUGUGGCAGUCCUUAGAGGUUUCACAGAUAUUACCUACUCAUGGUCAGCCAGGAGGGUUAAAGGUUGAGCUGGAUGAAGUAGAGUCCAGGAAUGAAGAGUUCCCCAUGGUACGUGCCUUCCUUGACCUGCUGGGUACCCUGACAGAUAUCCCAGUACCUGCAGGACUGGGGGCAGGCUACAGGGCUCCAGGCUUUGAACCGUACCUGGAAUUCGUAAGGGAUGAUGUGUUUCAUAAAUUUACUACCAGAGCAUAUAGGAAUGCUGGAGAGAAGUGGGAUGUAUCAGCAGCCACCCUUGAAGUCCUUUACAAACUUCUGAAGGACCAUGAGGUCAGAGCUGACCACUUCCUUGACCACCAUGUGGAGGUUCAGGGUGGAGGAACAGUGCCUGCAGCCAAGCCUCCAGGACACAGCCUGCUAGUGCACAUGCUGAAUGAUGGGGCUUUUCUAAGAAUGAUAUUGUACAUCACAGAUGAAGCCAACAGGUUACUUGGAAUGUACACCCCAUUCCCAGGUAAAGAGAGUCUAGAGAGAACUGCAUUGUUGUGCCUCAAAAUGAUGGAGUCCACCCUGGAGAAGCAGUCCCAGUUCUUUGAUGUCCUGAGGGACAGUGGUACCUCCCUGAUUGUGUCUCCAUUAGAUAAGUUACUGAUGGGAAUCAACCCAAGGAGUGGUGUGGCUGACCAUCUGGUCAAUGUUACCAAGUUUGUUACAUACAAGAAUUUCCUGCCUGAACACUCUCUGUCAGCAGUGAAGAUUUUGUGUUGGGUGUGCCAGUCAGCUCUAGUGCAGCCAGAACUUGUGGGCAUGUUUACUGCUCAGCAGUCUGUAUCCAGAGACCUGCUUCAUGGCUUUGUGGAAUGCCUAGACUCAGAUGAUAUUGAAGAAAAAGAUGAAGGCCAGGAAGAACAAGAUGGUGAUCUUUCCAGCUCACAGAUAAGAAAUGCCAUUCGUCAGAAUAUCCUGAGAUUGUUAGUGAAUGCCUUAGACCAGCCAGCACCUAAUAUAACUCACUUUCUCCUGGGCUUUGACCUGAGAAAACAAGUGGCUAAAUCUAAUUUACAGGAUCCUGGUGUGCUUGACUCCCCCAGAACCUGUCUUCACUCAGUCCUGGACUUCUUAGACAAGGGUGUCGGCAGCCGCCAGGGUCCUGCCUGUGUUCAGGAAGCCCCAUACCUGGCAGUGCUUGCCUACCAACUGAUCUACUGUCUGUGUGCUAACAGGGAGACCUCCAGCCCCACCAUGAGGUACCUACGCACCAGCAAGGACUUCCUCUACAGACAUGUGCAGCAUUUACCCUUCAAGGUGGACACUCAGGGUCAAUUGGGGGCUGACAUGUUAGUGUUAGGACAGUUGUCUUGGUUACUGAAAUCUGUGGCCUUGGAGCUGAAGAUGACCUCUGCAAACAGACAGAGGUCCAACACACAGAGAUUGCUGAAUCUUUUAUUAGAUGAUACCCCUGCUGUAACAGGCUUGCGGACAGAUGUUGGCUAUGAUACUGACUACAGUCAAUAUGAACUGGACAGGAGUGGACUGAACACCACAGAAUGGGGCCAGAACCAGACUUAUGUAGGGAGUCAGACUAGAAGAAAAAUACUGCAGAUAUUAGAUGUGGUGGAUUUCAGUCAGCUCUUCCCAAUACCUUUACAAUUUGAGUACUUUGAUCCAAGUGUUAUCGAACAGGUAAUCAACAGCUGUGAGCAGAAGAAUGACCAAGGUUUGAUGUACUGUAAUGUGAAGAUGUUACACCAGAUCCUGAUAGCUGAAGUGAACAACAACCUGCAGGGACCAGCGGCUGCAGGACAGAGACCUUUAGUACUACAGGAAGUAGAGGCUGUUCUUGCUCACAUAGUUCAGAGGAAUGCUGUACGGGAAUGUUUGCACUCUAAGCGAAGUGCAUUUGAAGCUUGGAGACAGGUGGUAGAGGUGAUCCUGACAGCCUGUCCUGAGGAUCUUCUGCAAGGGGAAGCCAGGCAGACAGUGCUUUUUGAGCUGUUACAGGACCUCUUUCUCAAAAUUUCUGAUGAAGAUGCUUUCCAAGAACUGACAAAUCCAGUAGCAGCUGUCAUUCUGACUCUACUGGCCAACCUAAGACACUGUUUUCUUAGUGAUCAGAGUGACAUGGCUCAGCUUGAGAACCUCUCCCAUUAUGUCACCAUGUUGGAUGGGUCCCAGGCUGCUCCUCCUGUCCCACAAGGUGGCAGCACCUUCACCCAGCAAGGAGGAGCCAGAACCCUGUUUGCUUCAUCUCUUCAGGCUGUUUUGAAGGGACUAGUAGAACACAUACUUAGAACAAGUUCUGGCUCUCAGCGAGUGCGUUCCAACCUGUAUGGUGCUUUGCUGUACUAUUUGCAAAUAGCACAGAAGCCUAAACCACUGGCAACUCUGGAAACUGUGACUAAACAAAAAGGUGUUGGUAGCAGCCUGGCAUCUAGAGACAGUGAGUAUGAGAAGCUGACCAAAGAGAACCUACAUACUAUUCUCAGCUAUGGAGAGAACUUCAUGGAAAUCAUAUGUAGAGAUGCUUGUGAUGGGCAUGAUGUUGGCAGGAUGCUGUCUCUUGCCUGCAUAGAUGCAGUGGUGGCAAUAGACAGGCAGCAGGCAUGGCUGUCCUACAUGUCAUCAAAAGGUUACGUCCUCCACAUAGUAGAGAGCAUGGUGGAGAAUGAUGAGGUGCUGCAGAGCAUGCUCAGUCCAAACCCAGAGCCACUUAGAGCAUUGUAUAUUUAUGAAUCAAAAAUGGGGUUGCUCACAAGAUUAGCUGAAUCUGCCACUGGAGCUCAGACUUUGUUACAGUGUGGAAUCAUGAGCAGGCUGGCAGAGUGCAAUUUCUUUGAUCUAAGACCAGAGAUGGAAGGUCCUCCCAGAUUUCAUCAAGAACAGAGCUUUAUCCCCAGCAUACUGAUGCGAUACAGACAACUCUUGCUUCCUGCACUAAAACUUUGCCUGGCAGUCAUGACUUCACUAGGGAUAGAAAACAAGAAGGCAGCCAACCAAGUGUUGCAGUUUGUUAUUGCCCACGCAGAUGUCUUCAACACCAUCCUUAGAGACAAGCAGUCUGAGCUGAAUCUGGCAGCCCUUGAAGAGCUUUCCUUGACAUCUGCAGUGAUCAGUCGGGCAGCUGCAGAAGGAGACUUGGAGACUGACUUUAUCCAAGGGGAUACAACCUUUAUAGAGUUCAGGGGUCACUUAUCCCGCAUACAGCGCCAGCUCAUAGCUCUCCUACCAAAGUAUUGUCUGACAGAAAGUCUGCAGCGCCAAAUACGCAGUCUGGAGCCCCAGGCAAUGGAAGAUGGACGAGAUAUGAAGUCAGAGGUGCAGGUGCAUCUGCAGGAGAUAGCAGCCAAUAUUGUGGCAUUUUGUAGAGCAAUCAUCUCAAAGUCAGGGAGUGCACCCCCCUAUAUCCAAGUUUUGUUUGCUCCAAAUUUAAUUGAAGCCACUGCCAGGGACACCAUGGAAGAUCUACACACCAGUGUGAUGAGUACAUCACGUCCUCCAAACCUUGGUCUUAUAGUGUACCAGUUAAGACAGUGUGCCAACAGUUUUAUGUCAGUAUGGGACACGCAUAAACAGUACAUGAGAAAACUUGCCAAUGUACUGGAUCUUGGUGCUGAAGAACUGAAAGAGCUGUCUGUUGGAAUGUCCAGUGAGAGAAUAUCUACUCAACAAAGACAGCAGCUGGCUAGGAAGAAACUAAUGCAGCUUCUUAAUUACAAAGCACAGGAAUUGCAACACUAUUCUUAUACCAUAGAGAACUGUUUGUUCAUCUUGUGGCGCCAUCUAGAAUAUUAUCUUGUUCACUGUGUUCCUGCUGACCAGGGCCAGACACUAUUCCAGCUACAUGCUAAAAAACAUGCAAUGCGAAGAUUACAAGAAAAUUCUGUAGCUGGAGAGGACCAAGUUGAGGACUCUUCCCUGGACACCAGUCGUCACUCCGGUGUGAGUCAGGAGGACCUCCAGCACCUCAGGGCUAACGCUGGGGCCUGUAUCAAUGAGACCUUGUUUAGGAAACUACAAGAAAUUGAGCAGUGUUAUGCCAAGUCAAGAACGAGAUAUGGAUUUAUUGAAGCACUGAUAAGGAGGCUAAAGCGACUACUUAAACUUCAUACAUCAAGUGAAUAGCACCAACAGAGAGUGAAUAAUUUAUCAGAGAGGAAUGUAUGGCAUCACUUCAGACGGGAUUGAAAAUCAUUUUCAACUUAUCCAAAGAACAGUAUCCAGGGAUGGACUUAAAGGCCAACACAUAGAACUGAUGUAUAUUUAGCUGAAUAAUAAUAAAAUUUAUCGAGACUAAAUAAAACUAAAUAGUCUCAAUGGAGCCAUUUUUGUAGGGAAAACUGCAUGACAGAGAUGUUAUUGUACUUCAAACUUGUGAAAAAUUCUGAAAAUGUUAAUGAAAUUUAUGUUUGUAUAUUUUUCUUAUCAUGCAGCAAUAAAUAAGGUGUAAGGA